AUGGUUCACGGGCCACUUGGCAUGCCUCGCUUAGCAUUACACGUGAUUCCUUCUAGUCCUAUAAAAGGAAUCAGCUCCUUUGAAUCUAAGGGAGCAGACAGAAUUCAGAUACCUUAUCAACCGAGUGUUUUGCAAUUGCAACGAGGAUACCUUUUACUACGAUACCUCCCUCCUUCUACAACGGAAGAGCGAUUCCGUACCAAGUCGCUUCUUAUACUACCGACUUUCCUCAUUCCUACGGAAGACUGUAGAGCCGCGCCUGCUACACACAGCAAACCCAACCAACACGAUCGAUCUACGUACGAGCAGACAACUACUAUAGCCGAUCAAGCAACCGGACUUCCAGGUAGGGAGUCCAGCCGACAAGGAGCAGUAGGGUAUUAUACCCUUCGAGUCUCAUCACCACCCACGGAACCCCCAGCUAUUCAGCCAAAAGGACCACUAUACCCAAGACUCCUAAGCCUUUCGGAAAGACUAGACGAUAAGAUGUCGAGCAUCUCAUUUGACUUAAACGAGCUACCAUACGCAAGGCCCGACAGUGAGAUUACGGCCCGAGCAAUGCCUCAAGGAACACUUGCUGUCCAAAGGCGUGUGGUGCCCCCCAAAGCAAAGGGGCUACGCCAAUGGGAUGGUCAAGCUCUUGAACGACGAGCAGCAACACCAAUGGACCUUCCAGGAAAUAAAAGAGCAACAGGCAACACCCUUAGGCCUCGAUUCAAGAAUUACGGACCUACGCUAUACAAUCCAACGAAGGGCUACGACGAAGCACUUCAGCGUACUCGUCCUCAAUUCAUCAAUCUCAUCAAUCGCUACGCAAUACGCCAAUCAUACAAGAAGAGCCAAAAUCACCUCAGCAGCCCCAAAACCCCCUUGUCAAGGGCUACAGCCGAAUUUUCGACAAGCCAGGACCGAGUAGCAACAAAAAUAGUCCUGAGAUCAUCAUCGGACCAGACAAUACUCGAGGCCACGGGAGCUACACGCCAAAAGAGGACCCGCCAAAACCUGAGAGCAUUCCGGACAAAAUCAACUCUUACUAGAGACAGCGUGCAGAUUUCCGUGCCCAGCCUCAGCAACCCGAGGGGGGGAUCCAGCACCCUCGGACGUACCGGCAAGCUACCCACAUCUCUCAAGAGGCCACGUAUCAACAAGAGAGAGACCAAGGGUAUAAGAAUCGCCAAGGGCAAGCCCAAGGAUACGGAUAUCACCAAGCUGGAGCCCCAGCCGGUGACCCGAAUGGCCCUGGAGAUCCUGACGAUAGCCGACGAAGAGGGAACGGGGGAGAUUGGCAGGGAGAUCGAGGCUACGGGUACGGAAGGGGUAGGAACGGCCCCCCUGGGCCACCAAGGGGAUUCGGCAACGGACCCCCAAGGGACCCCGGAUCCGGAAAUGAGCCUCCUAGGGACCUUGGAAGGGCACGGCACGCCUGCGUACGGCAUUCCAGGCGCCCUUGACGAUGAUGGAGACGAUUUCCCUGAGCUAGGAGCAACAGACCCUCACUUAAGAGCGAAGGAAUUGGCCUUGUUCGCGCGAAGCUUUCCUAAAGAGCUGAAGUACUCAGGACCCGACGAUGACUUCAGAACUCAAUUAAGGAUUUUUGCUGACCAGGCAAGUCGAUACGGUUUGACCUCCGACGACUACUUGGCGGCGUUCUUAAUUAUGCUUACAAGGGAGGCUAUAACCUUCUAUUACAAUCAUGUGAUCAAGGCCAAGCUUCUUACGUUUAAAGCAAACGCUAUUGCGACUACGAUUGCACGAAUGAAUCCUGCUUUUACCUCUACCGCGGCAGUUGCUGACAUUCGUCGAGCAAUUGCCUUUGCAACUGAGACCUCCCGACCUCCCGCCAAGGCGAAUCGCCAAUACUUCGGAGGUAAGAAAGCUGCCAAGGCUACUACUGAGGGUGAAAAAAGGUGUUUUGUUUGCAAAAAGCCAAGUUGCUGGAGCACCAACCAUACCCCCGACGAGAGAAAGGCAUCCGUCGCCAAGUUCCAGGCCUCCAAGGACGCAAAAAGGCGGAGCAGCCAAUUUCUCUACCGCUGGCUUGCCCCAGCUACGAGCACUCCAAAAGAGGUACCCCGAGGUCUAAUUAGAUACAUCCCGGGCAAGGGAGAAGUCCGUCAACACCGAGGGCGAGACCGUCUACUGCUACCUUACGGAAGAGCAAUUGAGGACCAUCUACAAGCGUUUUGGCCACCCUUUAGCAGUCGAUGCUGGGUCAAUACUUACGUCGGGCCCUUUAUAAACGUAGUGCACGAUCCCGGAACCAACUUCAAUUCGGCAACGUUCCGAGGCUACCUCAAAAGUAUUAGCAGUACCUUAAGGCAGAUGCCUGUGGAAGCCUAUCAUAGCGUCGGGCUAGUGGAACGCUACUACGUCCUUGUGCGACGCGCCUUUGAGAUCGUCACAAAGGAGCUUUUAAAAGCCCUAAGGGAGGACCGGCUUCAAAUGGCUAUCAAAGCCAUCAACGACAUAGCUGGACCUAAUGGCUUGGUUCUUACACUCCUCGUUUUUAGGACCUUACCGAGGCUGACGAAGCAAGAUCGACCUGCCGCGUCUACCCAAGAGCGUGCUGCUGCUAUCAACAAGGUUAUAAGGGAAGUACGAAAAUGCCACGCUGCGAGGCAGGUUAGGGACGCGCUUAAAAGGAGGAAUAGCCCAAUUACGGAGCAUACCCUAGACCUCCUUAUUGGCUCACGGGUGCUCGUGUGGCGGGAAAACCAAGGUAUCUCGACCGUGCCCGACGAGGAGGAGGGCGACUCUUACGUUCUAUUUACCAAGGACUCCGAGGUAUUGAUUACCGACAAGGAACGCCGGGACUAUAAGCUCUUAGCUAAGCUACGAGCCGAAGGAAUCAUCAAGAGCCUUGGGGCACCAUUUCAAGAUGGUCCAAGCCUUUCAAGACAAGGGCAAGACGAGGGUACUCACCGAGUCACUUACGGUGCAACGAACGGGCUAAAGACUCUGUUAUGCUCUGGCUCCUUCCCUGAUAAAGGACUACGGGUGUCAGCAAAGACGCACUGGUAUAAGCGUUUUUCCAGGCAUUUCAUAAACAACUUCGGCAUGCGGCAAUCGAGCUUUGAUUCUUGCCUUUUUGUGUCAACCAAUAAAGAUCAGCUAAGAAUAGCUGCCUUACAGACGGACGAUGUUCUUAUGGUUGUCAAUCGAGCUAUAAGAGCAAAGGAGGAGAAGGAGCUGGUGAAAUCCAAGCUGAGGAGCAAGGAAAUAGAGAUCCUCACACACGCCGAACCGAUGAUUUUUAAUAGGUGCAAGCUAUCUUUAGAUAAAGACGGGUUCGGAGUGUCAGUUGGUCAGAAAGGGCAAAGUGAGAGGCUUGCAGUAAUCAAGCUCGAUUCAGCCACACGGGCUAAGGAGUACUUGGAGCAACGUGCCCGAGGGGCGUAUUUGGCUACCAUUUGCUACCCAAAGGCAUCUUACUUAACAACUACGAAGCUCUUUGUGUUCGUGGAUAGAGCGUUUGCUAACAACGCUGACCUUAGCUCCCAGAUCGGUUUCGUAGCUAUCCUUGGCAAUGAGGCUCACGUGUCACAGAAGUGCAAGAGGGUGACAAGAGCAAUAUUAGCCUCUAAGCUAUACGCUAUGUCCUUAGGUAUCGAUAUGGCCAUUGCUAUAUCGACCACCUUUGCCCAGAUCACAGCCUAG